AUGCCCGGCAGUAGGAAGAGAGGGGCCGAUGCCGGUAGCCCUGCAAAAGACAAGGCAGCUGCAGAGGUCGUAGACCUGGAGAAGCGGCGCCUCGCUGUGGCCGAGGAGCUACGGCAUGUAGAGCAACAGAUCUACGACCUGGAGACCAAGUACUUGGAGACCUCCAGCCCGUUUGGCAAUGCUGUCAGGGGUACGUGGGGCGUGGAUUCCGGCCAGAACAGCAGUUGA